UCAUUCACAGUGUGUCCUGCCUUGGUCCUUUGAAACAGAAUGGACAGUGAGCAAAAGGUCAAAGCUGUUGUUGCUGGUUGCAUAUGUACAGGGACACUACUGCCAAAGGACCCUUAGGAAGAUCUCAAUAUUAAAUAUGGCAAAAUGCUUGGUCAAGAUCAGGACUCAACGAAGCCUCCAUCUGCACAUGAUGAACCACUGCAGCAGUAAUGUGUUUGUCCGUCUGCUGAAACAUGGCUCCAAGGUCAUACCUCGAAAUGCUGGUGCCCCCUUGUCUAAAGUGGAUGCUUCUGAGCGCAUGGUUGCAAGCUCACCAGUGAAGGGAGCUCGGAGUGCUGAUUCUCCAAGUAAAGAGGAAGAUAAAGUAAAAGACCCCUUGACCAUCUCUGAACUAGCGUACAACAGCAGCGCCAGCCUGCUCCCUACCCAAGUGGAUGAUGAUGAAGUAGACAUGCUAUUUGACUGUCCAUCUAGGUUUGUGUUAGAAAGAGAAGACACAGAUACAUUUGAGGAUGUAGAAACAGAUGAAAAUGUCUUUUUGAUGGCUGAAGAGGAGAAGGUGAAGGAAGCUCGCCAAGCUUUGUCAUGGAGCUAUUCCAUCCUGACCGGCCGUAUCUGGCUUAACCCUCUGGUCAAGCGUUGCUCCAGGCUCCUGGUGGUGGGCCUGGGACUGCUUCUGUUUGUAUUUCCCCUCGUCCUCCUCCUUUUGGAGUCAGGUAUUGAUAUCUCCUUCUUAUUCAAAAACAUGAAUUUGAGCAAUUUUACUAUGAAUACUACUGUCCUCUAAAGGAGUAGGUGGCUGGGAAGGUCAACAUUUUUUUUUUUUUUUUUACAUGUUGGGCUUCCCUGAUAAGAAAAAGGACUGUAUUCAAAAUUAAAAUUACCUUUUUCAGUAGAUGCCAUGGUCCAAAUGGUCAUGGAUCUUAAAGCUGCAUGCCAAACUCUUAAAUUGGCUUUCUGUGCCUUAAUGUACUAAAUACAAGUUUAAAACAAAUUCUAUUUGCUAUAUGCAGUCUUUAAGUAACCAAAAAUAUGUUAUUUUAUUGCAGUGUAGACAUUCUCUUUGUCUUACCUCAAAAUGACUUACUUUUCCUGUUUUUUUGUCAUUGUCAUCACUAUAAAAGGGAAUGUUAAUAAUUAGAAUUUUAGUCAAAGUCCAAGAGAAUACUUUUCAAUAUAAUUCUUAGUGAAAAAAGCAUUCUCUAAGAAAUGUUUAUACAACUAAAUUUAUGCCAGGUUUUUCUUUCAGUUUUUAAAGAGUACUUUUAUACUCAAAGAAUUUUGAUAAACAUUUUUUUUGCAAGAAAAAGCCCCACUGAAUUUUGUAAGUUUACAUAUUGUAAACCUAGUGCACAAAGAUGUAUCAGAAAUUGUUUUAAUGUUGUGGCACCAGCUUUUACAAAAUAUGGCUGAAAGUUUGGCUGAUAGUUAUAAUACUUUAUAACUAUCUGCAAAUGAUACAUAAAACUUAGUGGAAAGAAGUUGUAAUAAGUUGUCCAAACAGAUGCUGGAACUGGAGGUAUAGACAGAGAACACUAAGUGGCAUGUGAGGGCCAUCUUUCAACAUUUAGGCAUGAUAAUCUAGUACUUUCACUUUUGUUAUGUCCAUACAUUUAGCCUAGAUAAGCAGAAUGUUUUGACAAUAAAGUGAUAUUUGAAGAAAUACAACAAAGAUAGACUAGUUAAUUGCAUAUUGUUCACUAAUUGGAGUGAAAGAUGACCGGAUGGACAGAUGGAAGGUACCAAAGAAGAAUUCUGUUGACACCUGUGGCCAAUUGGCAUCUCAUGUGGAAGUGAUUGUGAUGCAGGACAUUCUACAAUGUAAGGAGCCACUCUCCUGCUCCUCAACUCUACAGCAGCACAUUUCAGUGAAUCUGAAUGGCAGUAUACAAAUUUUAAAGUAAAAUAUUUUUGGUCCUUCAC